UUUUGGUCUUCACCAGAUCAUAUCGCAGUUGUGACCUUCAUCGAUAUUGUUGCUGUAGCAUAGAGCCUUUAGCAUUGAGCCUUUGGUCGCCAACCCUUUGGCCAGACGCAGCGAUUAUCACACUUCCCCACCAGGUGAACAGCCCUGAUAGACUAAUCGUCGCGUAUUCAUUUGCUAUCAUGCCUUUCGCCUUUCCCAACGCCACCGAUCAAACUACCUUAUAAUCCGCUCACUGAAACGGCUGCCAACAGCUUUCCCACCAAGCAUCCCAACUUCAAGCAAAUCCAAGAUGUUCGACCAUCAACAAAUGACAGAAGAAGAGAUCGCCCUUGAGCGCAAGGUCGUCAGAAAAGUUGACGCGAUUCUUUUGCCUAUCAUGCUCGUUAGCUACGGCUUACAAUACUAUGACAAAAGCGUAUUAGGAACAGCCGCUGUGUAUGGAAUAAUAAAGGAUUUGGAUCUCCAAACAACCGUCAACGGUGUGGUAUCUACCACUAGAUAUAGUACAGCCACAGCUGCAUUUUAUUAUGGUUACAUCGUUGGUGUCCUUCCUAUCGCCUUUCUCUUCACUCGUCUGCCUCUGGCAAAGGCUACCGCCUUCUUCGUCAUCAUUUGGGGUCUGGUCUGCAUUCUUACAGUCGUCUGCACAAACUAUCCAGGAUUCACCGCGCAGCGAGUGCUACUGGGUAUCUGCGAAUCGGCUGUCUCUCCUGCUUUUGUUGCUAUUUGCGCGUUGUGGUGGAAGCCUCAAGAACAGGCGAAGAGAAUCGGGGUUUUCUACUCUGCGACAGGAGUAUUUUCAAUGUUCUCCUCUCUAGUGAACAUUGGUUUGGGAAAAACUGGUGGUACUCACCCUUGGAAAUCCAUGUAUUAUUUCGUCGGAGCUCUUACAAUUUUCUGGGGCUUUGUCAUUCUCCUGAUUCUACCCGAUCACCCUCUUCGUCCUGGGCGAUGGUUCACCGCGGAAGAGCGUACCGUCCUUGCUCGCCGCUUUGCUCAGAAUCAAGCCGGAGCUAGUCAACAGCCCAUCAAGCCCUACCAGAUCCUUGAAGCCGUCUCCGAUAUCAAGACGUGGCUGUACCUCCUUAUGGCCGCUUCUAUCUAUAUCUGCAAUGGUUCCGUCACCGCCUUUGGCGCAAAGAUCAUCACUGGAUUAGGCUACACCAGUUUGCAGGCGACAGCGUUGUUGGUACCUGGUGGAGCGAUGACUGUGAUCACCAUUGCCAUUUUCAGUUAUCUUGCCGACAAAUAUACCAAUAUCAGAACUUUGCUGUUGCCCAUUAGCUGUAUCCCUGUCGUCGUUGGUGCAAUCGUCAUCUGGACCGCCCCUUGGAAGCCAACAGCAGGCCCCCUUAUUGGCUACUACUUGGUUGCCAGCUUCGGUGCCCCUUACGUCCUUCUCCUCACUCUCGCUUCCUCUAACACAGCUGGCGCGACCAAAAAAGCUGUCACUACAGGCUUCAUCUUCAUUGGCUACAACGCCGGUAACAUUGCCUCUGCUUACCUUGUUUUCGCCAAGGAGGCUACCAUCAAGUACCGCUCGACAUGGAUCUCUGUGAUUGUCGGGAUGGCGUUUGCUUCGGCGGCGAGUUUGGUGUUGAGGUGGUUGUAUGUGAGAGAGAAUAAGAAGAGGGAUAAGGAAGAGUUGGCAGGGAAGCAGAGUGAGUUAUCGACGGAACCGGAUGAAGAGAAAGGUGCUCCAAAGGGAUCAGUCGACUCGCUUGAUGGUCUUGCCACACUGUUAGUAUCAGACAGGUCAGACAAGAAGACACCUGGUUUCCGUUAUACUCUUUGAUUGUGGUUGGACUUGCUUGAUUCAGAAUCUAUGAUUUUAUUUGUUUUUCCUUCAGUUUGGGUUCCUUUGUCAGACUAUGUAUAAUUUACGCGAACCCAGCGAUGGUUUGUAGGGCCAGCAAACUGCAAUUAACAUGGUGGUGAUAGCAAAGUAGGUAUGAACCCAAGGAGUUAAGCUACAUGCAUUGAAUAA